GGAGGUGUUGGCCGCGAGCGUCGCUGUCAUGUCUGGUCGUGGCAAACAAGGAGGCAAGGCCCGCGCCAAGGCCAAGUCGCGCUCGUCCCGCGCCGGCCUGCAGUUCCCGGUGGGCCGAGUGCACCGCCUGCUGCGCAAGGGCAACUACGCCGAGCGGGUGGGGGCCGGCGCGCCGGUGUACAUGGCCGCGGUGCUGGAGUACCUGACGGCGGAAAUCCUGGAGCUGGCGGGGAACGCGGCCCGAGACAACAAGAAGACGCGCAUCAUCCCC